AUGCCGAACAUCACCUAUAGUGUUUCCAAUGAUAUCGAGUAUUAUGAUGCUGCGAGCGGAGAAACUGUUGUUUACAACCUGGGUGACAUUGCCUGGUAUGCUAUCACUCGCAGUCGUUCCUUCCAAUGGUUUUUCUGGGGAUAUUCGCUCGCAUUUUCCGAUGGCGCGAGUGCAUUCAUUGGCGACUUGAAGUACUUUGCACUCAAGGGCGUUCUUGACCAACCUUCCAUGGGCUCUACACGUAUCCCAGCCCUCGUAUUCUGCGUCUACCAGCUCAUGUUCGCGGCCAUUACACCCAUGCUCGCACUGGGUGGCUUUGCUGAACGCUGCCGUCUCGGUCCCGUCGCACUCCGGUUGGAGUUUUGUACCGCUGCCCUCGCCAUUUCCAUCUAUCUUGGCAAGCGUUCUGGAUACGGGACCGAGCGCCUCGCCUACAAGCCCCAUAAUACCACCUACGUCGUCCUCGGCACUGUAUUCCUCUGGUUCGGUUGGUUCGGAUUCAAUGGAGGCUCUGCCCUCUCUGCCAACCUGCGCGCUGCUCAAGCUUGUAUUGUCACCAACCUUGCUGCCAGCGUCGGAGGCCUCACUUGGAUGUUGUGGGAUUACAGGUUGGAGAAGAAGUGGUCCGUCGUGGGCUUCUGCUCCGGCGCCAUCUCCGGCCUUGUCGCCAUUACGCCCGCGUCCGGCUACGUUGGUGCCCCUGCCGCUGUUGCAUUUGGCGUUGUAGCUGGCACCGCAUGCAACUUCGCGACCCAACUCAAGUUCUUGCUCCACUACGACGAAUGUCUCGAUGUCUUUGCUUCUCAUGGAAUUGGUGGCAUGGUCGGUAACAUCAUGACGGCUCUGUUCGCCCAAUCGUCUGUUGCUGCGUUUGAUGGAUUCUCCGAGAUUCCCGGAGGCUGGUUCGAUCACCACUAUAUCCAACUUGGAUACCAAAUCGCUGACUCUCUUGCUGGUUUCGGUUAUUCAUUUGUCAUGACCACGCUCAUAUGCUGGAUCUUCCACUUCAUCCCCUUCCUGUGUCUCCGUACCACCGAGGCGGCCGAGGCUCUCGGAAUGGACGACGCCGAGAUGGGCGAAUUCGCCUAUGAUUAUGUUGGCCUUGAUGCCGAGCACGGCUUCCCAUCUGAACGUGGCGCUCUUCCUCCCAUUUCCGGAGCCGCCGCCAACCACGAGUUGGGCUCGGGCGUAGGUGGACGUGAAGGUCCUCACCAGCGUAUCUCUGCCGACAAGGGUCGCGGAAGUGUUGGUUCCAGCAACGAAAAGAUUCGUGGCUAG